AUGUCGUCCUUGGACAUAGCACAAGAGAUCCGCAAGACGUUCCCGGGCACGGAAGAGCUCAUCGUCCAGUACCUGUCCGGCUACCUCGUCGACGAUGCGGGCGAGGACGAGGACGUGCUCGAUAUCGCGCAGGGGUUUCUGCAGUCGCUCGGCGUGGACAAGCCGGACGCGGUCGAUCGGCUCAUGGGGAGGCUGCGCGAGCUGCUCAGUGAUCAGCUGAGUGCGCGGGCGGCGAAUAGCGCGCGGCCGACGCUUAUGAAGCUGGAUAAGGUGAUGGAUAUGAGUAAGACGAGCGCUAUGAGUGGGACGAUUGCGUUGGCGGAGGGUGUGGAUCUGGAGAGUAUCAAUAAGAGCAAGGCUUCUCGAGUCGACGUUAAGAAGCUGGAGAAACAGGAGGCUAAGCUUAAGGCCAAGAUUGAGAAGAGAGCGCGUCGUGAUCUCUAUGAGGGCUCUAAGCUCCUUGAUCAGCACCGGAAGCAGCAAAACUAUGAGGAGAUGUUCAUGAAGAUCAACUCUCUCGAUGCUGCUAAUGCCGCUAAAAACAAGAGCAAGGACAUUCACUUGCCAUCCAUUGAUGUCAACUUUGGGUCAAACCGCAUCCUCUCCGGCGCCAGCCUUACUCUUGCAUAUGGCCGGCGGUAUGGUCUUAUUGGUCGCAACGGUGUCGGAAAGUCUACCCUCCUACGGCAUGUCGCCUUCCGAGAGGUUCCCAUUCCCGCACACAUCACGAUCUUGUUUGUCGAGCAGGAGAUUGUGGGAGACGACACCACGGCGCUGGACUCGGUGCUGAAAGCCGACGUCUGGCGGGACCAUCUGCUCAAGGAGGAAGCGAUGCUGAACGCGAAGCUCGGCGAGCUCGAGCAGGAGAACGACGAGAAGCGGUUCGACGACGCGCGCGAGGAGGCGCAGACGCGGCUUGCGGAGGUGCAUGCCCGGUUGAGCGAUAUGGAGGCGGAGUCGGGGCCGUCGAGGGCGGCUGCGCUGCUUGCGGGUCUGGGAUUCAGCGAGUCGGAUCAGUCGAGGCCGACGAGGUCGUUUAGUGGUGGAUGGAGGAUGCGGUUGGCGUUGGCGCGGGCGCUGUUUGUCAAGCCGGCUCUGCUUUUGCUUGACGAGCCUACUAACCACAUCGAUUUAAACGCUCUUGCUUGGCUCGAGGACUAUCUGCAGACUUGGGAGGGAACUUUGCUUGUUGUCUCUCACGACCGAGCAUUCUUGGAUGCGGUGGCUACUGAUAUUAUUCACCAGCACUCAGUGCGGUUAGAUUACUACAAGGGUAACUUUACCCAGUUCUACUCCACUAAAUCAGAGCGAGAACGAAACAUGCGGAAGGAAUACGAGACUCAGAUGGAUUACCGGAAACACCUCCAGGCGUACAUUGAUAGAUGGAGGUAUAACGCUAACCGGGCUGCACAGGCUCAGAGUCGUAUUAAGAUUCUGGAGAAGUUGCCUGAGCUUGAGCCUCCUGAAGAGGAAGAGACGGAGACGUUCAAGUUCCCUGAAACCGAAAAGAUAUCGCCACCGCUUCUGCAGCUGAACGAGGUUACGUUUGGGUAUACGCCGGAAAAGAUCAUUCUGAGAGGAACCAACAUUGAUGUUGGUCUGGAAUCACGGAUAGCGAUUGUCGGUGCCAACGGUGCUGGUAAAUCAACAUUGAUCAAGCUCCUCACGGGCGAACUUAAUCCUAUGAGUGGCGAGCUGAAUAGAAAUGGAAGGCUGAGAAUUGGUUACUUUGCACAGCACCAUGUCGACACGCUCCCAGCAGCCAUGUCGCCUGUGCAGUUCCUCCAAUCCAAGUUCCCGGGUAAGACGGAACAGGAGUACCGUGGCCACUUGGGCAAUUUCCAGAUUAGUGGUAUGACUGGUUUGCAGUUGAUCGGAACGCUUUCUGGUGGUCAAAAGUCGCGUGUCGCGUUCGCGGCGCUGUCGUUGCAGAACCCGCAUAUCCUGCUUCUUGAUGAGCCGACUAACCACUUGGAUAUUGAGGGUUUGGAUGCGCUCAUGGCUGCGCUUGCAUCGUGGAAUGGUGGUGUUAUUAUCAUCUCUCACGACGAGAGAUUCAUUACUACUGUCGCGUCAGAGCUUUGGGUGUGCGCCGACGAGACAGUGAGUAAGUUCAUGGGAGACGUGCAGAGCUACAAGAGCUUGAUCAUCAACAAUGCCAAGAUGAGACCGUAGAGUUGAGGUAUUUUUGUGUUAUGUUCUGCUGUACAUCCUAUGUCCACUGUAUGCUAUGCAUGUCUGCCCAGUGUAUAGAGUUAGUGC